AUGGCUGAAGAAGAAGCACCCUCCAGUGGAAGCCUCCUCUGCUCCAUCAACCACCUGCUGCAGCUACCGGAGGCUGCAGACCAGAAGGAGGCGGUCCUUCACAUCUUGCAAGCAGCUCGUGUCCAACCGGCGGCUGUGAUGCCGGUCCUUGUGGUGACACUCCAGCAAGAUGGAGUUUCGGUCUGGCAGAAGGUGGCUGUGUACCACAGCCUCCGGGCCAUGCUGGAGCAUGGCCUGGAAGUGGAGCCGGUGCAGGAUUUAAUCCUUGUGGCCUCCAAGCAGCUGAGAGCAUCUCCAGAGCGAGGGGUCCCACGUGAGCUCCAGGUGGCCGCCAGCAGCACCUUGGCUACCUUUGCCCGCCAUCACUUCAACCCCAUCAUGACAGAGCUUCAGAGGCAACUCAGGCCCUUUGCACAACCCGACGAGUUCCUCCUCCUCACCCUGGGCAAGAUGGCCGCCAGCAACGUGUAUGGCUGCGUCCCCUUCCUGGGCAUCACCCUCACUACCCUGCAAACCACCAUGCGCUGGAUGGAAGACGGCAGGAGGCGCAGGGCCCUCUGCAUGGCCCUGGAACAGAUAUGUGGGGCAAUUCGCAUCUACCUGCGGAGCUGGGAGAGGAGUUCCCACCCCCGCCUCAGUGUCCAGCAGUUCUCCACCUAUCUUCUCCCAUUCUAUGCCUGCAUCACCCGCUCUUGGUUGCCAGGGAGCGACAUCCAGGUCAAGCUGGCCAUUCUGAAGGUGCUGGGCCCCAUGCUGAGAAUCCUGCUGACCCAGAAGGAGUUCCAGGCCCAGAUCCACGGUGACCUCUCUUUGCUGACGGCACAGUAUGAGAACAACAUUGAGGCCCUGCAUGUCACAAAGAUUCUGGGCCAAAUUUUGGAGGCUUCCCUUGUGAACAGCAAUCCGAUUCCCAGCAGGCACGUGGAGCCCCUGGCUCACAUUCUGACCCACCAGAUGCAGCGUCCUGGCCAGCAUGGAAGAGAGAACUACGCUGAAAUCACUCAUAUCUUCUUGCGACUGGCCCGUUCCCACCCCUCUGAGCUGCUGGGAUUUUUCCAAGUGAAGCUGGACGAAAAUGAAGAGGAAGUGCGUGUGGCAUUGCUGAUAUUGCUAACCAAAAUCAUCGGCGCCCAGCUGCCUGAGCUCUGGAGCAGGAGGCAGCUGUGCGUCAAGGCCAUCAAGGCGGUGCUGGGUGAUGACACCCUCAGGGUCCGUUUCGCGAUGCUCCAGGCCAUUGGCAAGCUGCUGCUGGCUGGCUACCUAGAGAAAGUGGAGGGCUGGCCCCUGAACUACAUCUCCCUGCAGCUGGCCAUCUCUGCCCACCAACUGUGCCGCUCCACCCCGAGGCUCCCUUUGGGUGGGCUGGAGGAGAGGGCGAUCCAGAGAGCCAGCAUGGAGGCCCUCCAGGCAGCUGUUGCUUCAGGGAGAGCCACCACCCAGGAAUUAUGGGCCAAGUUGCUUGCCUACCUGAUGCAGCCACAUUUUACUGGUUCUGCUACAUCUCUGUGCCACACCUUGAGGUUGCUGGCUGAGCAGCGGAUGCGGAGAGCGGUUGAAAAUGGCUUGGAAGCAGUGGGUUCACCAACUCCGCAGGAAUUGUUGGCCCGGCUCCUGGGCCUGGCGGUUUCCCCCUUUGAAGGGUCUGGCCGUGGGGCGGCGGUGCUGCUGCUGCUACAGGCGUUGCGCCCAGAGAUCUACAAGGAAGUAGCCAAGCAGUGGUGGGUGGAGGUCCCAGCCAUGCUCCAUCUUCUGGAAGGACACAGCAAGUAUACCCUGGAGCAGGCUGCGUGGGAGCAGAGGCUAGUGGAGUUCGUAAAGAAGUCCUUGCAGAGGAGCCAGGAGGGAAGCUGGAACCUGGAACUGGGACGCGAACUGGUCAAACAAAUGAACAAUUACCCCAGCUCGUCUGCAGAGACGGCGUUCCUCUACAAGGCCCUGGGCACGGCUCUGUCCGCCGCGGGGGACGUGGCCAGAGUGACGCUGUAUCUCCAGGAGUUGCUGUUGCAUGCGGAUUACACAGAUGAAGUCCAGCGAGAGGGUCUUUGUUGGUGCCUGGCCUAUUGCGGCGAGGGGCAGUUCCCAGCCACCCUGGAGGCCCUGAGACGCUUGGAGGAGGAAACCUCUGAGGGGGAAGAUUCAGCUCACCUUCACUUCAACCAGGGCUUGCCACAGCCAGAGAGGGGCAGAGUGAAGAGUGCCCUCCUCCUCCUGUACAGCUGUGCCACCAUCCGUGCCCCCCAGCAGCAACUAUUGCCACACCUGUUGACUGACGUCCUGCCCAAGAUCCUGCACCAUUACACCACUAGCAGCUUGGAGGGCAUCAUCAAGGCAGCACCCUUGGACGCCCUCAUGUCUCCUGCUCCCCAGCAGGCCAUGGUGGCCCUCCGGCAUCUGAGCAAAAUGCCAGAAGCUCUGAGCCGCGAGGAGAACCGGGAGCUGGCGGAGCUGUGCCUGGGCUACGUCUUUGCUCUGCCUCCCCUGGAGGUCAUGGGCAGUGCAAGCAAGGUGCUGUAUACUGGGGUGGUGGCUUCCCUGGCAGAGCUGGUGGAGACCCUGCUGGAAGAAAAGGAGGAGGGAGGAGAUGCCAGUUCAGAGUGGGUCCAGGAGGUCUUUCAGCUUUUGCGGGACUGGCUGAUUUCUGAGCAAGAACGGGAACGUGCCCGCGCCAUGCAGCUUUAUGCCCGCCUGCUGCAAGAAUACCACCGAAGGACCACUACUUCGCCAAGGAUCUCCUUUGGGCAGUACAGCCAUCUGGUUGGGGCACUGGGGCCUUUCACUUGCGACGCGCUGGGUACCAUCCGCCAGGCCGCUGGCGACUGCAUCAGGACCUUGCUGAGCAUCCAAGGCAUCGUCACCCCCCAGACGCCAAAGGGUCGCCGCGAGGACUGGAAGCUGCGACGCAUCCAGCAAGAUCUUCAGAGUGAGGGCCGGCGGGAGGUGCACAUGGCCUCUUUCCAGCUGGCCAAAAUCGUCAUCUGUACCAUUCCCUACCAAGAGAUUUUGACCUUUGUCUGCUCCUUGCUGGAACAGCUGGGAACUGUGAGCAUCUUUUGUGACCGGGCUAUCAUCAUGUGGUUCGAGGUGACAGUGGGGGAACGGGGCCCGGACAUGAGAGGCAAGAUCUGCUACCUGGUGGCCUUCAUCUGCUCCAGCCUUCAGCGUUCCGAGUACCCUGCUCAGCGCCUCUCUCUGGGCCGGGCCAUGGCCACGCUGUCCAAGUACCGCCUCAAGAUGGUCUGCGCCUCCCUCUUGGAGCAGCCCUUACUCCAAGACAGGGCAAAGAAGGAACUCUGGGCAGCACUCGUAACUCACACGGAGAACUGCGCUUCUAUCUUGAAGUAUUUGCUGAGACGGCUGAGAGCAGGAGGAGGGAUUGGGGAGGUGCUUGCUGGCCUCCGGGAGGUGAUCGUGGGCCUGAACGACUGUGCCAAGCUUCUCCCAUUACUCCCAGAGCUGUGUCACCUUCUCCUGUGCCAACUCAGCAGAGAGCCGGAUGCUCCUGUUCCGGAAAGACACGAGGAUGAUGUGACGUCUCGCAGGCUGUCUGUCUGCGUGUUGCAGGCGACGUUCAACAAAGCCCUGCCAGAGGCUGCAAGAGAACUGGACCUGGGUGACGCCUGGCAAUUCCUGGUAGAGCCAAACAGCUUCCUCAAAGGCGUUGCCCAGUUGGCCAGGGCCUUGGAGUGCUCGGGGCACCCUCUCCUUGAUAAGCUCCUCCUCCUCCUCCUGCCGUCUCUGAGUUCUUCCAGCGCAACCGGCAGGGACCUCAGCCUGGUCUUCUGUGCGGAGCUAACAGGCCACCCUUCGCUGCACAAACCACAGAUGCUCCAUCUCCUCCUGCAACGACUGCUGAGCAAAUCUCGCAACGGAGAUGCCACCGCGCGUCUCCUGGCGGUGCGAGGGCUGGGGAACAUGGCCCAGUGUGCUCCAGAAGAGGCCAAGAAGCAGCAGAAGGCUCUGCUGGCCUCCCUGUCUGAAGCUGCAGGUGAAGCAGCCAGCCUGGAGGUGGCUGCCGAGGGCAUGCUUGCCCUGAGCAAGGUGUUGGGCUGCCUCGGGAGACGCCAUCUGCGUCGCACUCUCUGGGCCGUGGCCCGCCAGGCCCGGGCACACCUCCAGCAGGCAGACGAUGCCCUGCGGGCUGCAGCCUUCGAGCUGCUUGGUCACCUGGCCCAGGUAGCUCAAGCAAAGCACAUCAGGGGCUUCGCCAAGGAGGUGAGAGGUGCUUCCGCUGCCCUCCUGUUGCACUUCCAGGACCCAAGCCCUGCUGUGGCCAAGGCCUGCUACACGGCUUUCGUCUCAUGCACCCCGUUCCUGAGCCUGAGCGAGCUCACUUUGGACAUGGAUCCUGCAUUGCUGAUGGGCGUGUCUGGAACGCAGCGCUCUCUACUGAUGGGCAGGGUUUGCCAACAGCUGGCCCGGACGGACCCAGAACUCCUGGAGGUUCUAACUGCAGAGGUGCUCAAGUAUCUGCCCUGUCCCUGGGAAGGGAUCCAGAUCGCAGCUUGCAAACUGGCAGGAAUCCUGGCGGAGAACAUGGACCUGCGGCGCCUCGGGCGGCUGGAUCUGAGGCCACUACUGCAGUCUCUACGCUCCUUGUGCAGUGACCACUGUGGUGCUGUUGAGGCUGCUGCCACGGAAGCCAUCAACACCAUCGAGCAGAAAUGGCAAGUGGCAGGACAGCAGGGAGGCUGCCUGGUGAGACCCACUGUGAAGAAUGCCAGGACCAUUUUCUGUGAGAAGCAAAGAGACUGA